GUACCAGAGCCCAGUGAAGAGAGGCUGGUGGGUGGACCGACAGACAGACGCAGACAGGGAAGCUGAGCCCUCCGCCCACAGUCCGCGCCAGCGCCGCUACAACCCGCUCCCCGGUCGUCUGUCCAGCCAACCCUCACUAGGGUGCCUGCAGUUCCCGGCCCCAGACCUCCGCCAGCUGAUCGGCGCCUCGGGUUCGCCAUGCGCUCCGCCGCUGUCCUGGCGCUUCUGUUCUGCGCCGGGCAAGUCAUUGCCCUUCCUGUGAACAGCCCUAUGAAUAAAGGGGACACUGAGGUGAUGAAGUGCAUCCUUGAGGUUAUCUCUGACACGCUCUCCAAGCCCAGCCCCAUGCCUGUCAGCCAGGAGUGUUUCGAGACACUCCGAGGAGAUGAGCGGAUCCUCUCAAUCCUGCGACAUCAGAAUUUGCUGAAAGAGCUCCAAGACCUUGCUCUCCAAGGUGCCAAGGAGAGGGCACAUCAGAAGAAACACAGCAGUUUUGAGGAUGGACUCUCAGAGGCCCUUGAGAAGCAAAAUGACCAGGCCGAGCUGAAAGAGGCGACGGAACAGGCGUCCUCCAAGGAGGCUGCGGAGAAAAGAGGGGAUUCUAAAGAGACAGAGAAUGGCGGAGACACAGAUGCAGCCAGGCCCCAGGCCUCCCCAAAGCCUGGCCAAGGGUCCAAGGUCGAGGAGGACAGCCAGGCCCCGGGGGAACAGGAGGCUGCCAACACCGACCCCCCAGACAACCUUCCCAAUCAGAAACACCCAGGCCCACAGGCCGAGGAGGACAGCGAGAGCCUCUCCCAGGGCCUAGUGGACAGACAGAAGGGUCUGAGUGCAGAGCAAGGGCAGCAGGCAAAGCGAGACGAGGAGGAGGAAGAGGAGGAGGACGCAGAGGUUGGAGAGAAGUCUGUCCCUGGAGAAGAAAGCCCCACCGAGGCAUUUAACCCCCACCCAAGCCUUGGCUACAAGGAGAUCCAGAGGGACGAGACUGCUCCAGGUUGGUCCAAGGCUCUGGCUGUGGAUGGAGCCAGGAAGACUGGGGCUGAGGAGGCUCAGCCCCCCGAGGGGAAGGGGGAGCGGGAGCACUCCCGGCAGGAGGAGGAGCCAGCCGAGGCCCCACGAGACCUCUCCCGGGGCGGGAAGAACAGGGAGCUGGAGCAGGAACAGGAGGAGGAGCAGCUCUCCAAGGAGUGGGAGGAGGCCAAGCGAUGGAGCAGGAUGGACCGGCUGGCCAAGGAGCUGACGGCCAAGAAGCGGCUGGAGGGGGAGGACGAGGACGAUGACCCUGACCGCUCCAUGAAGCUCUCCUUCCGGGCCCGGGCCUAUGACUUCAGGGGCCCUGGGCUGCAGCUGCGUCGAGGCUGGAGGCCGUCCUCCCGGGAGGACAGCGUGGAGGCGGGCCUGCCCCUCCAGGUGCGCAGCUACCCGGAGGAGAAGAAGGAGGAGGAGGGCAGCGCCAACCGCAGAUCAGAGGACCAGGAGCUGGAGAGCCUGUUGGCCAUCGAGGCGGAGCUGGAGAAAGUGGCCCACCAGCUGCAGGCGCUGCAGCGGGGCUGACACACCGGCCGGCCCCCCCAGCCAGGGCCCCGAGGCAGCCAGUGGUCCUGGCUCUGUUGUCCCCUUUGCAGGUCCUGGCCAGACGGCCCGGGCGCUGCUUCUGGCAGAGAGGCUGCUCCCAGCCUGCGCAAGCCCAGGCCACCCUGUCGCCCCCUCGCUCCUUUCCUCCUGCUCUUGACUCCGACCCCAGUGCAGCCCCCUGCAGGGCAGACCCCCCCCCACCCCACGACUUUAAAAGGUGAUCUUUUCUCUCUGGACACAGGCAGCUUUCUAGAAGUUUCCUUUCCAUCAUCAGAGCUAUUGGGCACAACUGCAAUAACUUCUGGCCUUUGGGUGAAAGCUGAGAACUUCUGACUGUAAUAUAUUCUGUACAAAAUUUAUCUAAGGAAAAAUAAAUCUGCUCUGGGCUU